UUCUUUCCAAAUAUCUUGGCACAGGUCCAUCAUCAUAUAACGAAAGGCUCCCUUCUAAGAGAUCAUGGAUUUGGAUUCGUCAACUUUGUAUUUCACAGGAAUAGCAGACUUAAUGUUUCAGGCUCRUUGAUGGUUUAUGGCCCAAGUGAAAAAGAAUGCGGCAAAGGAUGCACAAGAAACUCUACAUGCUUUUCGUUUAACUUUGGAACAAAACCAGUUUUUCACAUCGGAGACGAACCUCAGUACCUUUGCGAGCUGCUCCCAACAGACAAGUACAACUCAUCUCAAUUGUUUGCACCCAGCGCUGACUUUCACCACUACAGUAUACAGACUGAAUGCAAGAGCUCCCCAUGCCCCAAAGACUGCCAAUGCGUUCCAAACUAUCUCAUGGGUAAUUACAUCUGCCUAGAUAAUGUCGACGAAUGUGAAGCCAUGAUUCACAAUUGCCAUUCUCUGGCAAGCUGCACCAAUACCAUGGGAUCAUACUAUUGCACUUGCUUGAAAGGUCUCACAGGAAAUGGUUUCAAAUGUGGGGACAUCAAUGAAUGUGCUACAGAUCAACACAAUUGCACGGCAGCCAAUGCCAUAUGUGAAAACAAGUUUAGGUCGCACACUUGCCGAUGCGCUGUCGGUUUCCAAGGAGAUGGAGUAAACAAAUGUGUGGAACUUGACGAGUGCUUAAAUCCAAGUUCAUGCAACAACAACUCGCGAUGUUUCAACACUAUCGGCUCUUACGUUUGUGACUGCUUACCUGGCUAUAAGAAGGAAUCUGGGAAUUGUGUUGAUAUUGACGAGUGUGCAACUGGAAGUCAUAGUUGCCAUAGCAGCGCAACAUGUACAAAUAACCAUGGCAGCUACUCGUGUGCUUGUAAUGAUAAUUUCGCUGGCGAUGGAAGAAAGUGUACAAAAACUAUAAUUGUGAGCGUUACCUCAGGCGACCCAGUGGAGUUUAAAAUUAAUGAAGUGAAAGUUUCUAACGAGAAAGCUGAGCAUGGAAUAAAUAUCCUUGUUUUGAACAUGAACGGAACUGUCCAUGUUCCUGUCAAGGGGUUCGACACUCUACAUGAGAAGCACGGAAUAUCCGCAGCUCAGCAAACAACUCUCUUAUACAAACUCAUUUCUAGUAUUCCCAAUAAUAAGAUCGUUCUUAUGGGGUUAUUUAAGAGCGAUCACAUGCCUAAACAGCCAACAUUUGAUGACCUCAAAACACAAUUUCAAGCUAUAGGAUCUAACGUGAAACUUCAUUCCGAAAUCGUUGGGAAAUCGGGAUGGUCUUUGAUCGGCUAUAAGGGUGGGCAAAAACCUUGGAUGAAAGAAAGUUUUGAUACCAAUUCUCUUAUUGCUACCAUCAAUCCCUUGGAGUAGUAGAGUACAAACACUAAAACUGUGCAACAUAAAUACCACUAAUAAAAUACUGCUAAAUUAUGAUAAUUGAAUUGUUUACACUAUUUUGUAGUAAAUAGUUGAAAGUGUUGCACACAUUUAAUGUUUGCAGUAUUUGCAUGCCAUAUUGUUCCGUCGUACAACUAUAACAGGUUAUUCCAAUAUUAUUGUGAAUCUUGGAAAGGUUGCAUGCUUGGGUCUUACUAUGUUAAUAAGAGUAAAUGAAAAAAAUAAAUAAAUAAAAAGUCAG